AUGAUUUUGGAUACGAUUUUGAAUGGAAUCUGCAAAUGGAACCAAUUCCGUUGUAUUAAUGGACAAUGCAUUGAUUUCCAUUUGAAAUGUGAUAAUAUUAAGCAGUGUAAAGAUGGCAGUGAUGAGCAAUACUGUGGAGAGAAAACAACUGUACAACCAGGAAGAUGCACGUGGGACCAGUUCCGUUGUGACAAUGGUCAGUGCAUUCAAGCAUUCCUCAGAUGUGACAGACUGUGGCACUGCAAAGAUGGCAGUGAUGAGCAAAAUUGUUCUGUAUCUAUACCAAAAAAAGGCAUUUGUCGUUGGGACCAAUUUCGGUGCAAUGAUGGACAGUGCAUUCAGUAUUAUCUUAAGUGUGACCAAAUUUGGCACUGUAGAGAUGGCAGUGAUGAACAAAACUGUGCAAAACCUCUGAUUAAGAAAUCAGAUUACAUAUUGUUGCACCACAAUAUGUGGCAUUGUAUGGAUGCUAGUGGUUGUAAGUACAAUGAAUUUGGUUGCCUUGAUGGUAAAUGUAUUGAAAUUAUCUUGGUGUGCAACCAGAAUAAGGACUGUUCUCAUGGAGAAGAUGAGUAUAACUGCACAAACACAACACAGACAACAAUAACAAAAACAGUAUCGAGUACAACAGCAACCAAGAGACGUCUUAUAACAGCUAAUCUACCUUAUGUUACAAAAAUGAUCAUCUUACCUGGUAGAUCAACUAUAUUUCCCCUUGUUACAGCCGCCCCUAUCCAGCAUGGACCAUCAGCCAAUAUACCUCUUGUUACAGCUGUAUCCAUUCAUCAUGGCACAAGAAUCAAUAUUCCCCUUGUUACAGCAGUCCCUAUUGAACAUGGCACCACAAUCAAUGUUCCUCUUGUUACAGCUCUACCCAUUCAUCAUGGCACAAAAGUUAAUAUACCUCUUGUUACAAGUGCCCCUAUUGAACAUGGCACAAAAAUCAGUAUUCCUCUUAUUACAGCUCUACCCAUUCAUCGUGGUACCACAAUGAAUAUUCCUCUUGUUACAGCUCUACCUAUUCAUCGUGGCACAAAAAUCAAUAUUCCGCUUGUUACAGUAGACCCUAAUCAACAUGUCACAAAAAUUAAUAUUCCCCUUAUUACAGCUCUACCCAUUCAUCAUAUCACAAAAAGCAAUAUUCCCCUUGUUACACUAGGGCCUGUUCAUCGUAGCACAAAAAUCAAUAUUCCUCCUGUUACAGUGGGCUCCAUUCAACAUGUUACAAAAAUCAGUAUUCCACCUGUUACAGUUGUACCCAUUCAUCGAGGCAUAAGAAUCAGUAUUCCUUCUGUUACAUCUGUACCCAUUCAUCGUGGCACAAGAAUCAGUAUUCCUUCUGUUACAUCUCUACCCAUUCAUCGUGGAACAAGAAUCAAUAUUCCACUUGUUACAGUGGGCCCUAUUCAGCAUAGUACAAAAAUCAGUAUUCCUCCUGUUACAGCUCUACCUAUUCAUCACAGCACAAGAAUCAGCAUUCCUACUGUUACAGCUGUACCCAUUCAUCAUGGUACUAGAAUCAGUAUUCCCCCUGUUACAGCAGCUCCUAUUCUUCAUAGUACAAAAAUUAACAUUUCACAUUUUACAGCAAGCUCUAUAUUGCCUUAUAGAACAGAGUUUUUUCAUUUGACAAUCACUCCUUUUUAUUCUAAAAGUGCCCUUAGUUCUCAUGCUACACCUGUUAUUAGUGAACAUCGAACGAAAAUUAAUGUUCCGUCUAUAAAAAUUCAUAGUAGACCAAGAAGUAACAUUCAGCUGGUUACAGUACCCCCACAUCAUAUGAGAACCUUCCUUCAUGUUACAGUGACACCUAGUCAUCAUAACAUAAUUAGGAGUACAACUUUUCAUCCCCGAAGAAGCACGGCUGUUACUCCGUCAUAUCAUAGAAUAAAUGUUCCUCCUACAAGUAUGAAAAUUGUUGAACAUAACACCAAAAUCAACAUACCCUAUUUUCAUAAAACAAAUCAUUCUUAUGUUACAACCACCUCUCCUCAUCAUCGUAUAAAGAUCUUUCCUCAUCCUACAACAAUUUCAACUGAUUAUGUAAAAAAAAACACCCUGCUUCAUGUUACAGCAACCUCUACUCCUCCAUAUAAAACACCCCAUCUUGAUGCCACAACAAUUGUUGGUCAUCAUAAAACAAUUUCAGUUCCUUAUAUUAGGCAAACUUCUACUGCUCAUCAUAAAAAUGUAUUUCCUCAUUUGAAAACAACAGCCAAACUUCCUGUGAAACCCUGGAUUUUUCCUUCUGUCAUAUCUCGAAGCAAUCAACAUAUGACAUCAGCAGUUCGAACUCUAUUUUCAACAACUACUCAAGUUUGUCAAAAUAAUGAAUUCCGUUGUUCAAAUGGUCAAUGUAUUUUGAAAAGUAAACGCUGUGAUAAGAUGCUUGACUGUUCUGAUAAUUCAGAUGAAGAAAACUGUGGCACUACAACUGCAUCUACUAAAAAAAAGAAUAUAACAGGAAGCCAACUAACUACAACCAAACCAACCAUAAAAGGCUGUGCUCUUGACCAGUUCCGGUGUAACAGUGGCUCAUGUAUACCAAUAUCAAGAUAUUGUGAUACAGUUCUUGAUUGCACAGAUGGAUCAGAUGAAAUAUGCCAUACAAGCACACAAAAGAGCACACUGAAAGUGCUUUCUUCAUUUCAUUCUCUUGCAUUUGAUUUGGUCAAACAACCAGGAUGUGGAGCAGAUGAAUUUCAUUGUAAAAAUGGUUACUGUAUCAAAUUAGCCUUUGUCUGUGAUGGACUCUUUGAUUGCCCAGACUCAAGUGAUGAACAGGACUGUCCAGUAACUAAACCAACAGAGGUCACCACUACAACAGAUUUUAAGAUCUGUACAAAAAGUGAAUACCAAUGUCCGAGUGGCAAAUGUAUCAAUGCAGAUUAUGUAUGUGAUGGCAUCCCUGACUGUUCAAGUGCAGAUGAUGAAGCUUCAUGCAAAGUGUCUACUUCAAGUCCUGAAAGUUUAAUUCCUGCUUCUGACAAAUGCUUUCCCUUGGAAGUGAAAGAAUGUCUCCAAGUUGGCUAUUCCCGUUCUCUGCUUCCCAAUGUAUUUGGUGAUAAGAGUUAUACCCAGGCUAUGGAACGCUUCUAUAUGGAAGCCAUGCCAAUUAUUUCUCGUCAGUGUUCUAAGAAAGCCCUUAUGCUAUUUUGUGGAACAAUCUUCCCACUCUGCAAAGAUGGAAUCUCCAAAUAUACUUGCAAAAGUGUUUGCAGAGAAGUUGAGCAGAGUUGUGGAAAAAAUUCUAUCCUGAUGGAUACAUGUGAUUGGCUGGUUGAUGACUCCCGCUGGUGUUUCAUUGGCUUAACUGAGAAUGAAGAAUUACAAGGUAACACAACAACAAGUAAAAGUCCAUUGCAUCCCAAAGUUCAAGGUUGUCUUAAAGGCUUCUACCAAUGUAAGAAUAGCAACUUAUGUCUGCAUCCAAUUCAUUUGUGUGAUGGAGAACCUACUUGUCCCCAAGCAGAUGAUGAACCUGAAAACUGCACAUGUUUAUCAAAUCAGUUCCGAUGUGCCAGUGGUCAGUGUGUGAUGAAAUCUCGCAGAUGUAAUGGCUACCAAGAUUGUAAAGACUAUUCUGAUGAACGCAACUGUUCAGUAACUGAAUGUGUUGGUCGUCUAUGUAAUUCUGGGCAGUGUGUGCCUUCAGAAAGCUUCUGUGAUGGUUUCUUUGAUUGUGAUGAUCUCAGUGAUGAAAAGCUUUGUGAUAAUUGCAAGUCUGAUGAGUUUAUUUGUACACGUGGCUACAAGUGUAUCAAACGUGCUAAGGUCUGUGACAUGAAGUGGGACUGUGUGGAUGGAGAAGAUGAAGCUACAUGUGUCUCAUUAAGAAAGGAAGAAUCUCGUACAAAUUCCACAGCAAUCCUAACAUUGACUGUCCAAGGGCAAACAAGUAUGGUGUGUAGCAACAAAUGGUCAAUGAAAUGGGCCUCUUUCAUCUGUAAAUACCUCAGACACAAAAAUGUUAAAAAGAUUGAGUUUGUGGAUCCUCCUCCUGGGACAACUGCCUUCCAACAAGUGCCCAGUCAUGAAUUGGAAUAUCCAGAGCAAGAAUUUAUCAAAACAACUAGGACUUGUAAAACAAACAAGAUUGUUCGCAUGGCAUGCAAUGAGAGAAGUUGUGGCACAAAUCGACACCAUUCAAUAAAAUAUCAAGAAUAUAUUAUUGGAGGGGAUUUAGCCCGGCGCUAUACUUGGCCCUGGUCUGUGUCAUUGCUUUAUCUUGGGGAACCAAUGUGUGGAGCUACCCUUAUUUCUGAACGUUGGCUAGUGACAGCAGCUCAUUGCAUUGUCACAGGGAUGUGGAAUCGCACCAAAGUUCCACAUUACUUCUCAGCUGUUCUUGGAGAGGUGAAUCUAUUCAAGGGUUUAAUGAAUGGAACACGCAUUCCUAUUGAUAAAAUAAUAUUUCCUGAAGAUAUGAAAUUGGUUGUUUUCAAUCCUGAUCCUGAUAUAGCUCUUUUACGCCUAAAGGAUUCAAUUCAACCCAGUCAUCAGAUUGAGCCAAUUUGUAUGCCAAAGCUACCAAAACAUGGUCCUGGUUCAACUUGUUACCUUGCUGGUUGGGGAGGCACUCAUAAACCUGGAGAAGGCAGACGACGAUAUAGUAACUUUCUUCAUGAAGUUCGUAUGAUUAUUCGCAAUACUUCUGAGUGCUCCAUAUUCCGACCACAGCCCAACUGGGAACACAAUUUGUGUGCAGGAUACCUCGAAAGUACAAUCACAGGAUGUUAUGGUGACAGUGGCGGAGGAUUGAUGUGUUGGGAACCUGACAAUCGUUGGACUCUGGUUGGAGUUUUGUCGAAAGGACGAUACAAUUGUGCUGCCAAUUCUCCAAAUGUAUUCACUAAAAUUGGCUCAAUGCGCCAAUGGAUUGAGGAAUCAAUGGGAUGGACAUCAGAAGAUUUAGGCUAA